ACCCAGUUGAUAAAACCAAAUUAUCUUGUUCUACUCCCCAACGACGCAGCACCACAGUUUCUUUAGAAGCCUACCCCCUCUAUUCAUUUACUGUAGCUACAACCAAACUUGUUAACACCAGAGGAAACCCCGAGAUAACAGCGUAAAAAUGCCGUGACUUUUACUUAUCAAAGUCACUCUUUUGUUAAGAAAUGGGAAAUAUUUACCGUGACUGCACAAACGUGUCAACAGAAAUAAUGAUCGAUAAUGCGUUUUUGCUUGAUUUGACGAUCGCACUGGUGGAUUGCAAAAUUACAUGCACUUAGUAAUUCUACUCGAUUGUUUGUAGGUUGGAAGAAAGUGAAAGCCAGAAUAGAAGACUAAACCAUAAUCUGAAACAGAAAGAAACGAAGAUAGAAGGUUUGGAAAAACGGGUGGCAGAAAUGGAAGUGAGUCGAGAAGACAACAGUCAGUCACUCAGUAUGGCUCUGAAGCAGAAAGAUAGCAAGAUAGGUCUGUUAACACAGAACCUACAGCAGCAGGAGACUGAGAAAAUGGCCUUGGAAGCUAAAUUAGAAGAAGUUACAGCCCAGGCUAAUACGUUCUCUCGGCUGAUCGAGCAGAGGGAGAAACAGGUACGAGGCCUGAAAACGAGGCUGGAGGAAGCUGUCCAUCAAAAUAACAAGAUGACGCACGCGGCCGAGCUGAAGGAUGACAAAAUACAGACACUAGAGAAAAGACUGGAAGCUUCGUCUAAAGAGCAGCAAAAACUUACAGAGGUAAGAACAAAAUCUCAACCACCCUCAGCGAAACCCCGACAGAACGCUAAACCUACUGCUUGGCUUGUUGUUUAGAGAGGCUUUUAAAAGCUCAAUUUAUACGAAAUCUGGCGCUUCCAAAUGUAGGUACGCCGACCGAUAGUUCUAGGCACGGUCUGCUUUAUUAAACGAGAAAAUAUGUUUGAUUGUUUUCAACUGCACUCCUGAUUAUUUCAGCGAAAAAACUAUCUAGUGAUUCUUGGUAGAAAUUAGCUCAUCUAAUUCUGAGAUGUGGGCGAGAUGUUUUAUUUUUAUGGACGGGCGUUUUUAAAGGUAUUGAAAAGGUUUUUGCUUUUGAUAGAUCAUUCAUUCAUCCUGCAACAGACAAGUGCAUACACGUUUUCAGGCGGCGUAACUUCUGCGUAACAGAGCUUAUGCAAGCAGCCUUACCGUAGCCAGCCAGCCAACAAACGUUUGAAAGUCAUAAUUAGAAAAAUCAAAGUGCCCUUGAGCCUCCAAUCCGGCUAAAGUACUAGAAUCAAGUUGUAGUAUUUUUGUAUUGACAAGAGCCGGAUCUAACAAUUGAUAAUUAAUAAAGGUGACCUUCAUUAAUAGGUCACUAGGUCACUUCAAAUAAAAAAAUAAAACUACAUCGCUACAACAUUACGUUAUGAUGCCACCAAAAGCUCUAAUAUCUGCCAUAAUGCCUGUUGCUUCAACUCUAGUACUAAGCUCCAAGUUAUAGUGACAUUCACGUGUCCACUCUUCCCCUGCCUCUUGUGAGAUUCUCGCGAAAACAGGUCCUCGCAGUUGAAAGACAGCCCCGACUAGCACAGUGAGUUACUGUUAAAUUGAUUUCGCCAGUGACACCCACCGAACUUUCACUGUCGCACAGGUGGAGAUGCUUUAAGAGUAUUUCCUGUCCUUAUGACCGUUUGUAUAACUUUUCUAUAACACAAACAUACUUAUCCCUCUACCCGGAAAGUGACGUCAAGUAAUUGUACUUAACGUUACACUUCAUGAUUUUCAUGCCUCAUCAAAUGUGCCUUCUGAUUACCACAUAUUUACAAUUUUAUUUGGCAAGAACAACCUGUGCUCUCUGAUCUAGAACUAUUGUCUGAAGGCGUGUGUUACUCCGACAUGUCAUUUGAACUCACUCUGAGGGAAUUGUAUCGCAUUCAUUGGUACGACGUUUUCUUCUUUCUUUUGGGAGCCCUUCUGAGCUUUGCUGAUCCAGUUACCGAUAUACUCACACUGGUGGU